GAAUUGAUUCUUUCCGAUAUUGGUCUGUGUAGUGUGGACCACCGUUGGUUCGAAUUGACUUCGCUGGAGCGAUUAGAUCUCAGCGUUAAUAGGCUUGGCGCACGGCACGUGUUCUGCAGCAGCUUCUUGAAAAUCGCUCAGUUAAAAUGCCUCAAAAUGCUUUCGCUCAAAGAUAACCAGAUUGGUCGCAUUUCGGAUGAACUAUGGGAGGCAUUGCCAAAAAGCUUGCUGCAUCUCGACUUAUCGGUUAAUUACAUCGCGGAGCUAUCGCCCUCCAUCACUCAGUUACCAAAUUUGACGAAGCUGAUAGUUGCCAGCAAUCGCAUCUCUCGACUUCCUGAAAAUGUUUGUUAUUUUUUCCAUCAACGCAUUCCGUGUAGAACGAAUCGAUCUUAA